UCCAACCCCCAACCAAAGAGCUCACUGGAGGCGGAGGGGCAGCAACCAGCAGCCCCCUCCCCGCCUCCCCGACAGAGCCUCGGUCAGCAUGGGGGUGACAGGUGCCAAUGGAUUUCCCUGCUGUGGCAAGGAGUCAGUGGACAUUGUGGAGACACAGGGCACCAUAACCCAACACCAGUUCCAGCUGGCACAAGAAAAAGAGGAGACUGAGCCGGAGAAAGAUUUGCUAGAACUGAAGCCCGUGCAGAAAGAGGACCUGGACCUUAAGCCAAAAGUGGAGCUGGAGCCCGAGCCAAAGCCCAAGGACCCUGAGCAGCAGGAGUAUAGGACAGAGUUCCUCCAGCCCUUCCCGCAGCAGGACAUCAGCCAGUGGAGCGUGAGGUCCAAUUCCAGCUACCUGAGUGCUGCCGAGGAGGGCAGGGCGUCCGCCAACCAUCGCUCCAUCCGCGUGCAGACCUCCAAGCACCUCUUCUGGGCAGACAAACUCAUCCAGGCUUCUGAACACAGCCUGCAGCAGGCGGUCGGCAGGCAGCUGGACAAGAAGAGUACAGGUAAGGCCACCAGCCAUCAGGACCAGCAGUCCAACCUCAAGGACGCCACGUGCUCCAAGCAGCAGCUCCAGAGCCCCCACGCCCAGCCAGCUCCUCCGGCCGCAGACGCCCAGCAGCCACCGGAUCCCCACCCGGCCUCCCCCAGUCCCUCACCAGCCAUUGGCCUGGCAGAGCUGAUCAACUUUGCAUCUUCCUUGGCCGUGGCCUCCUCCAGCAAUAUGGACUUGCCCAAAUUGGAGCAUAUGGUCAAAGCUCCACCACAGAAGGCCGAGGCACCUUCUACAGAUCCUGCCGUGCCACCGGCCGUGGACCAGCCGGAGAAGGAAGAGCUCGCUAAGGAAUGGCUAGAGAAACCACUUGAAGCAGGGGAGCCACAGAAAGCUUGGACGCAGGAAGACAAGAGCUUCCCCCACUCUUACCUUGACUUCAACAAGCCGGGGGUCAAGAGGGCCACCAUCGAGGGGGAAGUGAAGCUUCUCCAGGCACCGACCAUAUCCCCUCCGCCUCAAGGAGCCGUGGAAGACUCACUGCCAGGAACCAGGAAAGGGAGUCCAUUAUUGCUGAAAAUCCAUUUUAAGAGGCAGGGGCAUGAUGGGAUCAUCUUAGGAGAGAGCCUCCUGGAGGUGGGCUGGGCAAGCAGCAGAAGGCAGAAGACCAAAAGAGCCCCGUCGUCGGCACAGAGAACGUACAGGCCUCCACAGAAGCCUCGAAGACUGCCCCCACCAGACCCAGGAGAGGAGCAGCCCUGCAGGAUGCAGAAGGGGAGGCCGCAGCAGCCUACUGCCCUGCUGACCCAGGUGGAGCCAGCAUCCAUCAGGGCCACAGGGGCUGAGCAGGCUUCCCCGAGGGCCAGGGAGUGCAAGCGCCUUGCAGCUACCCGUUUGGUGCAGUCUGGCUCAGGUUCUGGGUCUCAGAGCAGAAGCAGCUGUGCAGACGAGAACCUGCUACCCAUGACACCCCGGCAGCUGGCAGCGUUCCAGGAGAUCUUCAAACUAUUCAGCCCCAGCCCGACAGGCACUGUGGACAUGCGCAGCAUGAGAGCUGCCCUGCGCCACGUGGGUAUCCAGCUGAGCCCUCAGGAGAUGUGUGAGGCUCUGCGGCAGGCAGACCUGGACGGUGAUGGAACUGUAAGCUUUAAAGACUUCCUGGGUGUCCUUACCGACAGCUACCGCCUGGCUCAGUGCUUGGGCCAGGCGAGGAACAGCCGGUUCUAUGACCCCCAGGGCCUACAGACCCUGUUCUUAGAGAUUCUGUUCAAGCUGAUGAGCCAGGACUUUGUCCCCCACAAGUCGGUGCAGGAAGUGAUGAGCUACUACACCAAGAAGCAGCGGGCUCUGCGGCCGAACCCAGGCUGGAAGGACAGGUGGCGUGACCACAGCGGCUCCGCGGGCGCUCCCGGGGGCCUCACCUUCUUCUGCCAGGCGGCGCGCCUCAGCGGCCUCUCCAGCAACGAGCUGGAGCUCUCGCUGCACAGACUAAACAAAGCGGGUGCGCGCAGCCCCUACUCUCAGAUCCCUAACUUGGCGAGGCAGACACCGCCAGAAAACAGGAGGCAGAAACGAGCCCCGCGCCCUAACGUCCGACUUCUCAAGUCCUGCCAGCCCAGCAGCCACAAGCUUGGGCCCAACCAAGGGUCUCUCAGCGCCGAGUUCGUGGGCCAGCCAGCAGACCACGUGCGCCCCUCGAAGUUGGCUCCCUCGCCCCCAACUCUAGUGCAGAAGCAGCCCUCCUCCCCUUCGCCAGCCUGUUUGCAGAAAUCUGCUAUGAAAAACGUGUACAAGUAAAGCGUUUGCGGAGAAAAA